UUGCCCAUCUCUGAUCUACACAGUGGUUGAACAGAACAAGGAAGUAAAACAAACAGAAUCGUAAGCAAAUAAAUUCACUGAUAAAACCAGAAACGCUGCACAGACUUACCUCUAAUUCACUGUGGGAAAGAAAAGUAAUUGCAUCAUGGGUGGACGGAAUUCAACUCCACAAGAUCAAACUGUUCAACAACCUGAUAUAACUUUUGAAAAUCCAUGGAGGCCAGUGAAUUGGAGGGAUAAAGAACCAAUGGUACAGACACUGAGGGAGUUUCAGUCGGAACACCAUGUUGACCAUCUCAGGAUUUUGGUUGUUGGACCUAUACGUGCUGAGAAGUCUGCCUUUAUCACCUCAGUUAAUACUGCUCUCCAAGGCCGCUGUACUUACCUCGCUCAUUCACUCUCUGGUGGUUUGAGUGUCACCUGCAAGUACACUGUCUACAAGCUGAACAAAGGCACAAAGGGAUCUUUCUUUCCAUUUGUGUUCGCUGACACGAUGGGUCUGGAAACAGGUUUCAGUGGUGCACAUGUAAAUGACAUCAUCAACAUUCUGCAAGGUCAUAUACAAGAAGGAUACACAUUUAAUCCUUUGACACCACUGACUGCUGAAAGCAACAACUAUAAUCCAACCCCAAAUCUAAAUGACAAAGUUCACUGUCUGGUGUUUGUCCUACCAGCAGACAAAGUUGCCCAAAUAUGUGACGGAAUCACAGACAAAAUGAAAAAAAUUCUGCAACAAGCACAAGAAUUAGGGAUUCCUCAAGUUGUCAUCAUGUCCAAGGUGGAUGUUGCAUGUUCACUUGUAAAGCAGGACCUGAAAAUGAUCUAUAAGAGCACGAAAAUCAAAGUGUUGAUGGAGGAGUGCAGUAUCAAACUGGGUGUUCCUAUGAGACAAAUCUUCCCUGUAAAGAACUACCAUGAGGAAAUCAUCACCAACACUGAGAUCGAUAUUCUGAUUCUAACAGCAGUAACAAGUAUUGUGAAUUUUGCCAGCGACUUUGUGCAAGCUUCUGAAAAACCAUGGAGGCCAGUGAAUUGGAGUGAUAAAGAACCAAUGUUACAGAGACUGAGGGAGUUUCAGCCAAACCGCCAUGUUGACCAUAUCAGGAUUUUGGUUGUUGGACCAGCAGGUGCUGGGAAGUCUGCCUUUAUCACCUCAGUUAAUACUGCUCUCCAAGGCCGCAAUACUUAUCUCGCUCAUUCACUCUCUGGCGAUUCGAGUGUCACCCACAAGUACACCGUCUACAAGCUGAACAAAGGCACAGAGGGAACUUUAUUUCCAUUUGUGUUCAGUGACACAAUGGGUCUGGAAGAGUUAGGUGGUACCCACGUAAAUGACAUCAUCAACAUUCUGCAAGGUCAUAUACAUGAAGGAUACACAUUUGAUCCUUCGACACCACUGACUGCUGAAAGCAACGACUAUAAUCCAACCCCAAAUCUAAAUGACAACAUUCACUGUCUGGUGUUUGUCCUACCAGCAGACAACGUUCUCCAAAUAUCUGACGGAAUCAUGGACAAAAUGAAAGAAAUUCGGAAAAAAGCACAAGAAUUAGGGAUUCCUCAAGUUGUCAUCAUGUCCAAAGUGGAUGUUGCAUGUUCACUUGUAAACCAGAACCUGAGAACGAUCUACAUGAGCAAGAAAAUCAGAGAGAGGAUGAAGGAGUGCAGUAUCAGUCUGGGUCUGCAAAUGACACAAAUCUUCCCUGUAAAGAACUACCAUGAGGAAAUCACCAACAACACUGAGAUGAUGCAGACAAGGUGAAGAGUUGAUCGUCAGCAUUUAUUCUGGAAAACAAUGAAUGACAGAGCUGUCAAGACAUGGAGACAAGAGAAAGAAUUCCAGCAUCCCCCAUCCAGACAACUCAAGCAUCUCAUCUCAUUAUCUCUAGCCGCUUUAUCCUGUUCUACAGGGUCGCAGGCAAGCUGGAGCCUAUCCCAGCUGACUACGGGUGAAAGGCGGGGUACACCCUGGACAAGUCACCAGGUCAUCGCAGGGCUGACACACAGACAACCAUUCACACUCACACCUACGGUCAAUUUAGAGUCACCAGUUAACCUAACCUGCAUGUCUUUGGACUGUGGGGGAAACCGGAGCACCCAGAGGAAACCCAUGCGGACACGGGGAGAACAUGCAAACUCCGCACAGAAAGGCCCUUGCCGGCCACGGGGCUCGAACCCGGACCUUCUUGCUGUGAGACGACAGCGCUAACCACUACACCACCGUGCUGCCCCACAGCCCAAGCAUGAUAAAAAUAAAUAAAAUAAAUAAAAAUUACAUACUGUAGGCUACAUACUGUUCAGUAGGCUGGUGACAUUACACUUUGUGAGAUAAAACAGACUAUAAUAGUCAUGCACUUAAUAUUGAUUGUAUAGCAUAGUUUACAAUGUACAAUGAAUGAUAUAAAUGAUACAGUAAUUAAUAAAAUAUGACAUAUAUUAAGAGUUUUCUUAACAUAGUCAGGCAAACAUACCUGGCAAACAGUGAAUGACAGGGCGAUCAACACAUGGAGACGGGGAAAGAAUUCUGGCAUCCCGACAACAUAAUACACCAGUUAGCAGCCAGCCAAAUGGCUACUCGGAUAAACACUCGACUUUUCACAUGGAGUUUUACAACACUAAGGCCCUGUCCACACGGCAACGGAUUCAGGUGAAUCUGAUAAAAUUGUUUAUCGUUUCGGCCUGGCGUCCACACGGCACCGGUGUUUUGGGUGCCCUAAAACGAACUCUUUUGAGAACGGCUUCCAGAGUAGAAAAAUCUGCCAACGGCGCCGUUGCGAAGUCGUCUGGAUGAGUAGAACGGAUUUGUUUACGAUGACGUCACAACCACAUGACUGUGAGUGCUUCAUGCCGGGUAGAAGUGUAACGAACUCGAU